AAUUUUAGAGAGGAGAAUGAUGAAGUUUGCACUCACCUUGAUUGUGUUACUUUGCGUGGUGGUUGCCAGUGAGGCUCUUUCAUGCCAACUUGGAGGCAAUCCUCUGUGCUCAAAGUCUUGUGCUUUCCAGGGUCGCAAGCACGGAGGACACUGUGAAAUGCGUUACGUCCCGGAGGAAAGACGCAAACGUUUGGUCUGCGUAUGUAAUUAGUGAUGCUCUGAAAAUCACACUGAGGAUCACGAAUAAAAAGGCUUUGAUAGUGAUGCUUCGUUGAUCGAACUUGCCACCCAUUUAUUCGCCA